ACUCUAGCCAGAUCAAGUGAAGACGAAAAAACAUGGCUGUCUGCACGUUGCUUCUUAGGUCUUGUAACAAACUAAACCGCGGCAAUUCCUGGCAAACGCUGCAGCAAUUACUUACAAGAAACUACGCAAGGAAGCCAAGUGCAGCAGCUGCAGUGGGACUCAGCAUCCAACCCAAGAAAAAAAAGCUACCAGUAGAAACGGAUCCAGAAAAACUCGUGCGCUUCUGCUGCGGCAGCAACAUACUCAAAGAAGGCCAGGACGUCGAGCUCGGUCCCGAUGACGCGUACCCGGCCUGGCUGUGGGAGCUGCCGUUGAACGGACCGCCGCCGUUGUCAGAGAUGGACCCAGAGACUCCCGAGUACUGGGAAUCUCUGCACCGGCGAGCGCUGCUGACCCAAAACAUGUUGCUCAGAAAAGCACCCAAAGUUCAGAUGCGCAUCAACGAGAAGGAGAAGAUUCGAAAGCUGAAGGCCUUGCGCUUCCGCGCACUUGCAGCGUACCACUACGACCCAGGAGUGCCGCUGCGCGAGUACGAGGAACAGCUGAAAAGAAACAGGCUCGACUGGUGAUCGCCGUACAACGUGUGCGCUGUAGACUACCGCCAAACUUGCUGGCAUGCUUUUGCGGUGUUCUCUUGCCGAGUGCAGCAGUCGGAGGGCCGACAGUUUCUUACUCCGCGCAUUUGAUGAGCGUCGUGCGUUGGGCGGAAUUCAUUACUUGCUUGUGGUGCUGUGCAGUGCGUGUUCUAGCAAGAAAGGAAGAGCCAUUACGGGAUGUCGUGGUACUUUGCUCUGAAAAUAGCACAUGAGAUAUUUGGUGCAAAUUCACACUUAUCUACUUCAACGUAGCUGCAUAAUAUUCGCUUGUGCACCUGAAAGCAUCGUAUUGCCACGUUUUGACUUUACUUUUGGAGCACUCUUUUCCUGUAAAUAUACUGUUGACAUGAAAAGUUAACAGGCACAGGGUCUAUGAAAGAGCCAUUUACAUGAAGCUCGGGCACACAGCCUGCAAGUUUUAGCAUGUUUGGCCUAUACGCUUGCUCGCCUUUUGAUAAAUUGCAGUUCAACAUUGCGCUUAAAUCGACCUCUGAUGGAACCUGCACCUCAAAUACCCAAAGGUUCAGGUGUGGAGAAAAGUUAUUGGAACGUAGAAGCUGUGGCUAGACUAAGCCCUCUAAAUAAGCAGGGGGCUUAGGCCGAACUGCAUUCCAGUGUUCCUCCAGGAGGAAGCUAGAAAUUUGAUCACGCGUGCCCCAGCUGGUGCUCAUAACCAGCUCACACCUGUCAGUCUUGCUUCUAUCCAUGGAUCAAAGUGUCAGAUUCCGAGUUUCAGCUGCUAAAAACUCACUAGUGUGACAGCACUGAUAGCACAGCUGCACUACCAUACAACAAGGACAAGGACGUGUGUAGCCAUACGAAAUGCAGAAACAGCUGUGCUACCAGUGCCAUCACUCUGGCGAGUGUCCAUACACAGAAGCUACGACCAAAGCAUUAAGACACGGGUCGAGAAGUGCUAAAUGGCUAUGGAUGCUGGCCUGUGCAUAUGUGUCAUCCGAUUCCUUGCUCCCCCCCAAAGGCUACUAGAGGGCACUAGGAUGCAGUUCGGCCACAGCUCUCAUGACCCAUACUUUUGCAUGUUCGCGAAUGUUAGCCUGGUGUGGACGGAGCCCGCAUGCAAAAGACUUGUGCAUUGUUAAGUCGAUAUUGCGAAAUCCUCAUUGCUGUACUCGGUCUUGGGAACAGUACAAAAUUAAAUUAGUUGUGAUAAAGACA